AUGGCUUCGUCAGAAAAGAAUGUUGUUUUCGACGUCGUAGGAACCCUAGUGGGAUAUGAGGUGCUCAAUGAGGCGAUCGACAAACGGAUGGGAGAUCGCCUGCGUGCAGAAGGCAUCAAUCCAAGCUUCCUGGGUUAUACAUGGAUCGAGGUUGCGGAACGAGAGUAUACAUACCUAUCGAUGAGCGGGAAAUAUGUCACGUUUGCGGGUUGUUUUGAACAACUCUUCUGGAGAAUAUUAUUCAAAGCCGGGAUUGCGAAUGCUCGAGACUUUGCAUCGGCGGAGGAUGUGAACUAUAUCAUGGAAGAGGGAUACCUGAAACUCGAAUUACGUCCUGGUGCUAAGGAAUGCAUACAGAAACUCCGCGAUGCUGGCUUCACUGUACGAGCAUUCACGAUGGGUGAUCUGAAGAGGGUCAGCGCCUAUUUCAAGAACGCAGGAGUCGAGCUCCCAGCAGAGCAUCUCAUGUCUUGCGAUACAGCUGCAGUUGGCAAACCGGAUCCUGCAGCAUACAAGCCUGUGCUCGAAGCUUUGAGCAAAUCUGGAAGCCAACCACCGUGGUUUGCAGCAGCACAUUUAUGGGAUGCCAGUGCAGCCAAGAGGAGUGGCUUCAAGGGAGCCUAUUGUACCGUCUACGAAGGAGAAGAGUUGCCAGACCUGUUCGGCAAGAUGGACGUCGUAGCCGAUACUUUACCUGAUAUGGCCGACAAGAUUAUUGCUGCAUCUCAAUAG